CGCCGUUCACCGACACCGCUCCGCCACCGCCGCCGCCACCGCCGUCGCGCCCCGCCGGCCGCGAUACCACCGUCGUCGCUUUCUCUUUCGCUCGCGAUCCCUGCGCGCGUGUACGCCGUUCUCCCGGAAUUCCUGCCGACGUCACCGUCGUCGUCGUCGACGAUACUCUUCGAUAUGUACCACGGUUAGCGCGGUUCUAACCGUCGCGCGUGCGCCCCCGUUAUUACUAUUAUUAUUGUUAUUUAUUAUUAUUAUUAUUAUUACUACUAUUGGUACACUGUUAUUAAUAGCACACCGCCGUACGAAAAGACGCGGGCACGACGUCUUUUAAUCGGUCUGACGCGCGCCACGUCGUAAACGCUCGCGCCGCCGCCGCCGCCGCCGCCGCUCGGCUAUACGUAUAAUUAUACAUGUGUCGAGAGUAAAACUUUAACGGUAAACAUUUUCACGCACGAACAGUGCACACACGUCGGCCGUGGCAGACGCGACGUCGUUUGACUCUUCCGCCGGGACAACAGCGAAACACAUAUCGUAGUUAUACCGUAAUAUCGAUUAAAGAUGGAGCAACAAUAUCCUGUUACUACAACAUCUACAGCAAUGGAUGAAACACUGUUCGAAUAUAAAGGGGGACUAGCAGAUGAUUUGAAGUUUCUUGCGGCAAUCCCAGAAGUGUGUGACGUUACAUUUUUAGUCGGUGAAACACGGGAACCGGUGUGUGCAGUUAAAGCAAUUCUAGCGGCCAGAAGCCGUGUAUUCUAUAAAAUGUUAUAUGACACGAAUGGUAAACAACUACAACACCAACAACACUCAAUUGGAGGUAGCUCAUCAAAACGCAGUGGAGGCUUAAUAAAGCAAUUAUCUGGUGCUGCAAGUGGAAAUCAAAACCCUCAACAACAAAAUAGGUUAAGAAUGUUAUUAAAACGUAGUUCAGAACCAUUGAUUCAACACAAUCAUCAACAACAGUAUCAAUCACGGCAACAGCAAAAAUCACCACCGAAUAGGAACAGUAUUAAGAACAACAGCAAAAUGGUGGUUGCCGGAUCCAACGCCUCGACAUCUUGGUCGAAGUAUAAAAGAGGAAGUGCAGUCGGAACUGCGGCGACAGCGAUAAGUAAUGUUGGGAGUGUAACAUCGCCGACAGUGAUAGUGAUCGAAGAAUUCGAUGCCGACGUGUUCCGACAGUUAGUGGAAUAUGUACACACUGGUUGUGUAACAUUACAACCACGGACGUUACUAGGCGUGUUGAAUGCGGCCGACUGUUACGGACUGGACGAGCUGCGGGCCGCCUGUACGGGUUUCGCCGACACGGGCGGCGGCAUCACCGUGGACACAGCUUGUGCGCUGUUGGCGUCCGCCGAACGUUACAUCCACUACAAGUGCACUAAAUCGCUGGUGCAAAAAGUGCUCGAGUUCGUAGACGUGAACGGCGGACGCGUACUCACACUUGGAUCAUUCACAUUAUUGCCGCAACACGUGGUCCGACUUAUACUAUCACGGGACGAGUUACGAGCUGAUGAACUGACAAAAUUUCAGGCUGCAUUGAUGUGGGCAAAAAAAUAUGCCGCUGAUGCUGCUGACAACAAUAAUGCCGAUUCCGAAGAUGCAGAUUGGCGUUCUCUGUUUAGAGAACACUUCGCGCCCAUCAUCCAAUACCACAAGAUCGCGGCGAGUGUAAUUUUAGAAGAAAUCAUGCCUUUAGGUGUGGUUCCUGACCGGGACCUAUUAUCAGCACUUGCUUAUCAGGCAGACCCGAACAGCGUGCGGCUGGACUCCAUCUCCGGGGCCGGCGACCGGGAUCAGUUGCGGUGCGGUCGGCGCCGGACGCGGUCCAUGUCGGUGCAGAGCGGCGGCGCUGGCGGCGACGAGGACGACAUGCAGUCGGGCUAUCAUCAGGUGAGCGUCGCGGCCGGCCCGUCGACCACGUCCAUCGGCGGCAUCGGUCUCGGCCAUCAGCCGCCGGCCACGCCGACGCUGAGCAGCGGCGGCAGUGGCGGCAGCGCGGACGUCGUGGGCCGUCCCAAUCAACGGCCGCCGCCGCCCAGACGCCGGCGACGCACCUCGUCGUCCGCGCACCAGCAUCAGGGACACCAAAAACCCCACUACCACCAUCACCACCACCAUCACUACCGCCCGCUCAACCGGCACAACCUGUCCUCGGACUCGACGAACAGCCGGAGUUGUUGUACGAGCGACGACGACUCGGCGGACGACCUGACGUCGUCUUAAACACCUGCAGACAUAAAAAACGAGCGACGACUAGCGCGAAGUCGACCGCCGCCGUGACUUCUUCCCAAUCGAAAUGUGCACAGCCGAGGGGUUAUUGAAAAUGAAUCAUCCGCCACACAUUUGUCCUGCAGGUUUCCACCCGAUCUAAGGCCGUGUGACCACUAUUGUACUUUGGCAAUCGGUACACUGCUACAGUGUACUUACGUGAACUAUAGGACAAUUGUACCCUUCUUAGUCCACGGUACGCACAUACCACCCUAUGUCGUUGACCGCUGCAGAGGAGCUAAAAAAUUAGCGGUCGAUUAUCCCGCGACGGUUAUGACGUAUGGUGGAACGAGUAUUUGAGUUCCGACUAAUUUAUGUUGUUCGGUCACACGGCCAACGGUAUUAUAAGUGAAAUAUUUAUACAGGCACCAUUAAAUAAAUAAUCGAAACAUUAUUAUUUUAUUUUUAAUGUACCAUGUGCGCAUGCUAUGAACCGAAAAAUUAAAAAUAAUUAGACAUUUUAAAUCGGAUGAAUCAUUUUGAAUAACCUCUAACCUUAAAAAUGACACGACUCUAACUAUACAUUAGUACUGAGUAAUUGUCCACGAUUUUAUAGAAUCUUUAGGACGUUACUUUUUUUCUAUAAACACAAUAACUCAUCUAAUAUAAUCGUUAUUUUCUAAUAUUUUUCAUUAUGCAUUAUAUAAUUAAUUAUAUUAUAUUUAUAAAAAUUGUGCACCUAUGUGUGAAUAAAUUAUGCAAUCCGCGUGAUGUACGCAAAAAUUCAUCAUCAGAUGGAGGGAUGAUUAUAUUAAAACAUAAUAUUAUAUUAUAUAAAGAAAUUAAGAAAAUACAAGAGAUUAGCUCACGAAAAUCGAAUACGUAUUUUGUUAAUAUACAAAAUAACCAUUGAUUACAGAAAUAAUAUUUAAAAAAAAAAAUAGUAUAUUAUAAUCUAGUCGACUUGCAGCCAAUAUACUUUUGUUAGGAUUUUUUUUAAAUAAAAUAAUAUUUGUGUAUACCUGUAUAUAACUGUUUGUUAUUCGAAUGUACGACAAAAGGUGUAUGUUUAAUGUAUAAUGUAUAUUAUUAUCUUAUUACUCAAAAACCAACCGUUCUAUCUUGAAAAAAGUUUCAGAGAUAUCAGGAAAGUUUUGAAAGUUGUUGAACAACGUUCAAAAAUAUACUAUUUUGAAAUAUCCAACUCGUCACAGGCAAAUUAUCUUUAUUGAAUUACUUCACAAAGUUAUACUCACACACAGAUACUGAUGCCAAUUUAUCCAUGAACUUAAGUACACUAAAA